AUGGAAAGUGAAAAACCCGCCCUAAUUCCGGUCGUUCAGGAAACUCAAUCCCAACCCCCCUCUGGUCAACCAGUGCUGUCUCAACAACAACAAGCUUCAGCUGGACAGCCGAUUACCGCUGUACCUGGUCAACCAAUUAUGUACCAGAUGGCGCCCGGUCAGCCAGGACAACCUGCCCAACCGGGUCAGCCGGUUUUUAUCCAGGUUUCUCCUGGUCAACCUGCAACAACGCCACAGGGACAGCCAAUUCAGUAUUACGAUGUUCCGGUUGGUCAGCCUGCGCAAGAGGGGCAGAAGAUGCAACCGGGACAAACGGGGUUUGUUACGGGUGCUCCUGGUCAGCCUGCGCAACCAGGACAACCAGUUUAUAUUCAGGGGGGCCCUGGUCAGUAUCUGCAGCCUCAACAGCAAGCCGCACAGGGUGGAUGUGAAAUCAAUAUUGAUACUGGGUUUCUCAAAUCACCUCUUUGUUACAUCAAGAUAGCUGAAUUCGUGAGUACUGCUCUUAUAAAUGUUUUCGUAUAAUUGGCAAUUGAUUUAAUUUGGUGUGUGUUACGAAGAAAAAUAAACAGUGCUGCUUUAAGUCUAUAUUUCCAAUUUAUUUCAUGAUCACUUGAUCACAUUCUAGCUCUUGAUAUAAGGAAAAACAUUUCCAAUCUUUUAUUGCCCCCCCAUUUUGACUACUGUGUGGCAUUUCUGCAGCGAAACCGCAUCCGAUAAACUAGGAAAAGUAAACGAAAGAGCUCUGCGCUUCGUGCUUAAAGACAAAAGCAGUUCUUACACGGAAUUACGGAAUUACUUAAGAAACUUCCUGCCGUGUUGUUCUCUCUUAGGUCACUCUUUUAGGAGCAUGGGCAAGUAUCCUGAGGUAUACGGACGGCCUCGCGGCCGAAGACGCA